AUGAACGACACAAGACUCUUGUGCACUGAUGGUCACGUUCACACUUCGUCCAGAACUAUCAACGAGAAAUGGCAAUGGGUCAGCUUCAGACUCCAGUCUACCUAUGAUGGUUUUUUUGCCCAAGUGGACUAUCCAAAGAUCUGGGUUCAUGGGUUUUUGUCCUGGAUCUACAGAAACACUGUUUCCGCUUACGAUACUCUAGACGUGUAUUCGGGCAUGCUUAUGAUGGCUGCAGAAUCUAUGAAGCACGACCUCUUCACGUGUCUGGAGGAUGUGUUGGUCGGGUGGGAUAUCAGAAGUGGCUCUGAAGCAAUUCUCAUCUGGGAGCGGGCUUCCAUAGCGUCAUCGGCUCGAGUUCAGAACUACAUCGUUGAGUACGUCAAGGCAGACCCUCUUCUUGUGUUUGCAGAUUCGGGCUUCUACAGCUUACCUUCCGAAAUGAGAAGCCUGCUGUGCAAACGGGUCAGCGAUAGUCGUAAGAUCAAGACCCAGCGGUCCGUAUAUCUCAAAAGCGAGGAUUCAGACGAUGAAAGCACCGAGGCUCUCGAGGCUCUCACUCUCGACGGCCUCACAGCCACUCCAUAUGGGUCUCAUCGUGGUGCUUCUACCAUGUCUGUUGUCAGAAUCCCCAAAUCCAACUUAGCCGGAAACAAAACUUCGGGGACAGGCAACCCAGCGAAAGCCAGUCACAAGAAGAACAUGUCGGUACCAACAAACCCUGCUCCGAGCUUGUGA